AUGGCCCUGGAGACUGAAAUCCUGUUUAAUCACAGGCUAACAGGAGAGGUGACUUUGCAAAUUGCCAGUGAACCGGUUCUGCCCUUUAAUGCCUUGGACAUCGCGUUAGAAGUUCAGAACAGCCUUAAAGGUGACCAAUUAGACACCCGUCAGUUACUGGCAAUGGCUUCAAGACUGAGAGACAGUGCUGAAUUGUUCCAGUCAGAUGAGAUGCGUCCAGCUAAUGACCCCAAGGAGAGAGCUCCUAUCCGAGUGAGAAUGCUUAAUGAUGUUCUCCAAGGUCUGGAGAAAAACUUCUUAGUUCAACAAGCUCCUCCAGGGUUUUACAGAAACAUUCUUUACAGGCUGGAUGAAAAGAUGAGCCAAUUUUCAGUACUACUAGAGGCACUGGAGCACUGCAAGCUACAUCAGUCAAAUGAGACCCUUCAAGCAGCCUUGUCAAAGGUGCUGAACAGCAUCAAUUCAGCUCAGGUUUACUUCAAUGCAGGACUUGAUGUGUUUGAGACUGCCUUUGCUGGAAAGAAAUGAGAAAACUCUCAGCAUUCUAAGAAGUUUGUUUACAAUUCACUAAGCAAAAAUUCGAGUUGGACCAGAAUUUCUUUGAGAUUAAAAGUUUUUUCAACUUUUUUUUUUUCAAUCGGUGUUUAAAGGUACUACAGUGUGUGUUCUAAUAACUAUAAAACAGUCUUUUGCACUGUUCACGGUAAAUCCCAGAUGUCUCUUUGAGAAUAUGUAAAAACAUACUCAGAGGGGAAUAACACUCAAGAUUUGAUUUUUAGAAGGAAAUCUGCUGUAUUUUUAUAUGUAAAAUAUGUUUUUAUGGCUAAGGGCUCAAUCUUGCAAAGUGCUGAACACUUGCUGCAAAAUGCUAAGGGCCUGAUUUUCAGAGAAACAUCCACUGUUGUAAGUAUCUCAGAGCUGCAAAUGCUCAGCACCUCAGCAAAUCAUGACUGCAGUACCCUAAAAUUCAUUGGUUCACACUUAAGUCCUCCAAUACCCAGAUUUGCUACACCUCCACAACAAACUCAUCUUUGUUCUUUCCCCUUUAUGUCUGUGGAGAGGAAGUUGAGGGAUGUGGGUUCAUUCUAUUGGUGUUCAAGGGAAUGCAGGACUAGGGAGGAGGCACUCAAUACCUUGCAGGUAGAGUCCAACAUUCUGAGACCAUCCUUACUCCUGUGGAUGAUGCAUAUAGUCUGAAUGUUGCUUAGGUUCUGGGAGAGUUAAGAAUCUUUGAUUAUCCUGUUUCUGCACCAGAAAAGGAGAAUUUUAAUUGCAAUGAAAAGCAUUUGGGGUUUUUGUUUUGUUUUUAACAAUUCAGAUGAUUUAGGAAGAUUUGAAUUAGUCAACAGAGUUGACCAAAAACGUUUUGAAUGUUUAUAUUUAUGAAAUGAAGUGCCUAAUCUUACAGAACUAGUAAUACUUCCUUGGUUAACAAAACUGGCAACCUUUAUAAUGGCAUCGAUUGUAUGGGCCUCCUUUUCUCCUAGAGUGGUAUAAGGGGACCUUAGCGUAAAUGAGAAUCAAAACCUAAAAAUCCUAGGAAAGUUCUUAAGAUAUAGGGCUUGAUUGUUUCAUUGGCAGGACCCAGGCUGUGGACUCACAGCAGUGCAAUCAUAGUAGUGCAAGCCACCUACAGUUCCCACCCCACCAGAGACUCUGGAAUAGCCAGCACAACCCAAAUAGAUUAAGCAUGUCUCUUGUCUGAAACAUAAAGCAGUAUUCCCUUAAUGGAAUCCCUGUCUGAGGGAAACAGUAAUACCUCUACCACUGCAUAGCAUGGAAUUAUUGAUGGGUGAAACAGGUACAGUUUGUACCUCCCUGCGCUGCUGGGGUAAAUGUGAGUGCACACAGGAUAACUGGAAUGCUAGUCAUUUAAUUUUGCAAAACAGGUGACUGAGGGGGCCAAAGUUUACUGGGACUUAGGGCUUUAAAUCCAUAGAUUAUUAUAACUCCAUACAAUAAAAUUUAGAGCAUAUAGAGAGAAACAGUUUUAAGAAUGAUGAAUGUGGAAUUAGAGCUGCAAGAAAAAAAUGAUCAGACAUCACUGGGGCUUCCAGACUGAAAAAGUAGUUGUUGUCUGGGAUCCUAAAUAGUUUAUUGUUGCCUCAAAUUUGCGCGUGAAAAUAAAAAGGAGGUAUUUCAGUUUAUAAUGAAAACAGCCACAUUUCUGUUUGAAUGUAGAAAAAUUUCACCUGAGGAAAAUUGCAAAUUUGUCCAAAGGGUGCAACUUUGUGUCAGUACUGUUUAACAAGAGCAAUUUCCCAAAGUGAAAACAGGGAGUUUUAUCAUAACUCCGAGUCUUUAUUUCCCCACAUAUUGUUCUUCAAAAAUAUACUUCUAUAGCUGCAAUGUUUGAUAUAGAGUGCAUGCAACUUUGCUUUUGUCACAUUUCAUCAUACAUUAUUAAUGCAGGAAAGGGUUUACUCUCUACCUUUCAGUUAACACUAGGUGCUUCUAAUAUGGAGGGAUCUGUCUGCUGGAGGGCAGGUGAGCAAUUUGACUUUCCUAACCUACUCUAAAGAGAUGGCAUGGCACCAUUUUCUUCUGCCAUAGCACAUCUUCUGUGUCAUCGGGUUUCCAUUAGCACCCCUCACCGUGGUUUCUAACCGGUUGGAACUGCUUCAUAUGUGUGUUCUGUAUUUGCCAACAAUAUUUAACAAUUUAUUGUGUGCACUAGAUUUGUAUUGUAUUUGCUGAGGAAGAGCAAUCUCCCAGCUGUGAGGUUAGCGCCAGUUCUUCCUUGGGUUACUGAUCCCCACAAGCUUGAUCCUGCUCCCAUUGAAGUCAAUGGUAAAGUGCUUAUUGACUUCUUUGCUACACAAUCAGGCUCCAGUAAAGAGCCCUGAAAUAUAGACCAACACCUCUUGGCAAGUUUCCUUCUUCCAGAAGGGACUAGUAGCCCUUUCUGGGUCUAAAAUGUAAAAUCCCCCAAUCUCCCAUUAAUCCAAUCUGUGUCAUUUCCAGUAUUGUAUAAAUUGAGAUUUUUUUUGAGAUGACUGUGUCUUUUGUUACAACUGCAUCAUUCCUGUCUAACUUUCCUUUCCACCUUCCUCCAGUGAUGUAAGACCAUAACCAGUUUUAAAGUCACAGACCUUGAUGUAUUCUACUUCAAAUAACACCAUUAUAGUAUAUGUCUACCUAGGGAUGAUCCCCUGCACCUGCGGGGGCAUAGGCUUGAUGGGUUACUAGACGCUAACUCAUCUGAUUUUAGAGGUGUAAGUGGGUGCUCACAGGUAAUUUUUGCACCACUUUACUUUUGAAAAGGUACUGCAGGCCAUCUCCUGCCAAUGUUUUUUUACAUGUAGUCUGGUAGAGUCAGGGAAUUGAUAGCAAGAUAAAGCCUUAAAUAUCUAGUGAAUUUCUAAUAUAGAAUCUUUCUCUCAGCCAAUUGUUCCUCAUCAGGUAAGAAAAGGUGUUUGUAAUAGUUUACUCAAACUAAAUUCCUUCUGGUAUUGUGUUGAAAUAAAUGAAAUGCUCUUUUUAAAAAUACAGUAUGUUUGCAAACUCCUUGAAGGAUACUAAAAAAAAAAUCUGUUACCUUUUCAUGAGCAUCGAUUGCCAAACCCAGCAGAACAAAUACAUUGAUUGCUAGAGAGCCUACUUACCAGGACCAGAAAUUUUAAGGCUUGCGAUAGUUGUGUGGUAAAGUAGUUGAUAAUAAAAGGCUAACGUGAUUUUAUUAGCGCAUAUUUUAGUGAGUCCAUAAAGAACUAAAAUAUAAUCAAAUCAUAUAAAUAACAAGGACGUUGAAGCUGGAAUUUCAGCACUAACUUCACAGUGGGCAGUGAAUUGCUUUUCUCACCCAAGAAAAACAAGCCCCUUUUGCUGUAUAGUAUACACAAAUAAACAUAUUGCUUGUAUAGUGCCUUCAUUUUUCAAGUAUUGUGCAUAUACUAAUUUCUAUACGUUACCAUCCCCACCCACAUUGAUGGAGGUUAUACCCAUGUGAUAAAUUCAAGAAUGAUUUACCAUACACUUGACUGCUUCACCUGCUCUCUGUUCAUUAUCACAGCUUCUAGGACUUGUUCAAAUCUAAGGAGCUGUAAGAAGGGCACUGCAGCAAUGCAUGGGGAACAAAUCAGUCUCUCAGUUAACUACAUUUUUCCUCCUAGUUCUUUCAUAUGUUUUUUACUCACCGUAAUCAUUAUUACUGCAUGCAUUUGAAGAAUGCCCAUUAUUAUAAUAUUAAUUUAUCGUUCAUUUUACUGGGAAUUUGGUGUGAAAAAUCUCAGCCUAAUUGUCUGGGAUUCCAAAGCCAUUAUUUAUUGGACAAAGAAAUAUGACUUGCAAGCCCAUUAGCUCAAGCUGUAAAGACUCAUGUUUUUAUUUCUGGAGACCCCCUUUUCAAUCCCUGCCCAUAAGCAUAAAGUUGGUCGUCAUCACACAUACUGUCUAAGAGACGGAUCUAGAGAAAGCAGGAUGCACUAGGAAAUCUAGAGAAGGGUGUAAACUCAU